CCGCCGCCGCCUGUCCGCCCCGACCGGGGCGCUUUGCUCGUGCUCCUGGAGGGUUUUUCCCGCCCUCGUCAAAGGCGGCCUGCACGCCUCUUUCGGGACUAUAAACAGGAGGAUAAAAUUUAGCCCCGGUUGGCUGGGCGGCGCCGGGCAGCACCCCGGUGGGGGGAGGAGGCUGUGUUCCGACAGCGCUGCCUGGCAAGUUACGCAGGGAGCGGCGCCACAGAUGCCUACUCCAAGCCGUGAGGGACAGGCUCAGUCCCUCAGCGCUGAAGCCUGGCAGCAGGUGUGCCCUGAAAGUCCUCUUUGUCAUGUUGUCCCUCCUCCUGCCCAAGUAUCAUGUCGUGCAGGCACCAACAACUGCUUCUCUGUCUUGGACGACUUGAUGUUGCAAAGGCCAGUUUUUGCCAGCUCGCUCUCCUUUCUUUGCCUGUUGCAAGUGUGUCUUUUUUGAUCCCUGAAUGUGGCAUACUACCUGAAGUGCUGAAAAGUACUAUUGCAGAUAUUGGAGAGUACUACGUGGUGAGGAAUUUGCCGAUUCAUGAAUUGGUUGCUCACGAAUUCAUUGAUGCUUUUGUGAAGAAAGGUUCAUGCUACGCGCUCACCUAUAACACAAAAAUUGAUCAAGAUAAUACUGCAGCUCUGCUACCAAAUGGAAAACUAAUUCUAUCAGUGGAUAAGGAUACUUAUGAGGAACUUGGACUGCAAGGUCGUCCUUCUCAAUAUUCUGGAAAAAAAAUAAUGAGAUAUAUUAUAACUAUUGACUUGACUGAUUCUGGCUUUCACCCUGAUAGCAAGAAACAUAACAGAGUGCUUUGGGCCUUGAAGGAAAAGAAACCUUUAGAAUUUGACUUCCUACUGGCUUGGUAUAAUACAGGUGCAGAGGGAUCAACAUUGAUGUCAUACUUUUCAAAAAACCAAAUACAGGCACUGAAGCCAAAAAUAACGUUCAGCAUGUUAAGGGACUUGCAGUGUCCAGUGUUACAAAGUAAUGAACUACAAGGAAAGCCAGAUGAGUCCUGCAGUACGGAAGAACUGUUCGAAUGGCUAGGUGCUGUCUUAAGUCAAGUUAGCUUAGACAACAAAUCAUCUAGUUUCGUAUCAACCUAUUGCUGUCCUCAGCCCAACACAAUAGUGGAAAAAGCUUUUCUGUGUACCAUCACAGGCUUCAUAAUUCCUGAGAAGAUAAUUCAGUUAUUGGAGCAGCUGUGUUCCUACUUUGAUGAACCAAAACUGGCAUAUUGGCUGACCUUAACUGUGCAUGGCUUUGCAGACAGCCCUGUUUCCUGGAGAGAAAGUGAACAUGGUUUCCACAAGGGAGGAGAGAACUUGUACAACUUUGUCAUUUUUAGAAAUCUGGACUACUGGCUUCAGAUGGCUGUGGGAACUAAUGAUGACUGUCCUCCAUAAAGCUACAUCUACAGCAGUUUUCUUGUAAUUCCAUGUUACUGUAUAGACACCUAAUAAGAUAGGUUUUAUAAAAAUAAUUAGGUAACAAGUUAAGUACUAAGAGGCUGUAUAUGUUUCUCCAUUAUUAAUAGCCCUUAAAGGAUGACCUACAAUGGAAGGAAUGGAUUUUUGUUUCUUCACUGUCAUACAGUGCCUUCUGAAAGACUUCACAGUUCUAGCUUUAAUAAAAGAUAAGGGUUUGAGAGUUCAAGUUCUCAGGAAUUGACUGCAGGUGGCUUCCUCUUACCCAGGAGUAAUUUUGGAAUUUGAAAGUUAGUUUUACAGAUUGCUAGCUAAAAUAUUUGGGAGGAAAGCUCAUUUUAGGAUUUAGUGUUUUCUUUCUUUACAUUAAAGAUCUCUAAACCCUUCAAAUUCAUGUUUAAGACAUUUCAACUUGCAUGCUGGUGAAUAAAAAAA